AUGGUAAGAUCGUCGGUGCCAGCCGUGUCGGUGCGUACCUCAGAAACAGCUGACCUCCUGGGCUUUUCAUGCACCACAGUGUUUACGGUUUACCGAGAAAGUGACUUAGCCCUGAGGAACUGCUAUCUGACUGCAGACCUGACGGUCAGAGUGGGAGCUAUGGCAUCGGCCCUACAGAUACAAGGUACCAGGAAACUUUCCAACCUGUUCUCCAAAUGGAAUCAGGAGGAUUACAUCAUCACGGAGGACGACGAGUCGGCACCCCUGCGCUAUGGCCCGGAGCUGGUGGGGGAGCGCCAUGGGGGCGUGAUCACCCUGGACCAGACCAAGCCUGGCAAUGGCCUUGGGGUGACUCGGGAGCUGUUUGAGAACGCAGCCCAGCCCUACCCUCACCUGUCUGACCGCGAGGUCCUGAACCACGUCAUCAGGGAACAGCAGAUCAAACUGUUGAAACCACAGCUGAUGCCCUACUCUGACAGAUGGUAUGAGGUGCUACAGUUCUGCUGGCUAACUCCAGACAAGCGGGCCACGGCCGAGGAGAUCCACCGGCUGCUCACCUACCUGCGUAUGCAGGGCCAGAAGGAUGUAGAGGACGACUUCCAGCAGCGCUGGGACUCCCUCAAGCCCAACCCUGUCACGCGCCAGACCACRGUCAGCCACUCCUCCUACCCCAUUCUGGAGCAGUUCGCAGAUGAUGCCCUGCGGGCCGAGGUGGACGAGGUGCUCACCGUCACUGAGACCAGCCGUGGCCUGAGCUUCGAGUAUGUGUGGGAAGCGGCCAAGCAUGACCAUUACGACAGCAGCAGUGGCCAUGGACGCUCGGCUAUGGACACCACGCUCAACUACCACAGCAUGUUCUURCCCGUGCCCAGCGAGGACAUUCAGGCCCACUUUCCAGACCCCGCAGCCCCCAGGACGGGGGGCUCCYACAGCAGGAACACCCAUUCAGCAAUCCCUGGGAUCCUUCCCGUGUUUGACGCUCACAAACCAGCCAAUGGAAACGAGUACUACAUCCAGUUGGAGGAGCAGGGGGAGAGCACCGUGGAGGCGAAGGAGAACAGGGGUCCGGAGGUAGACACAGUUUCAGACGGGCAGAAAUUUGUCACCCUUCAAGACGUCCGCUUGGACGAGUCCAGCACCGAUGCAGACUUCUUCCACCACAGCAUAGACUCCAAGGACUCGUACCUCCAGGACAGCCACAUCUGGUCGUCCAGUGAGCAUGACAGCCCCUACCACACCAACAUCUUCAGUGAGGGAGACUCCAGACAGGACUCCCAGUCCUGGAACAGGGGCUUCAUGGAGCUUCCAGAACUCAACGGAAAUGGUUUCCAGAGAGUGGAGUCUGUAGAGGGGCAGACCCAGGGAACAGAAAAGUCAUUUCGGAAUUCUUUUUUAGGGGAGCGCCAUUCAGAGGUCAUCCUCCAGGACUCUUUAGAGGAGGCAGAGGGGGAGGGAACCCCGGAUGUGAUGAGGCUACUGAACACUGAGAAACUAGCGGACAACUUCAUGUUCCUCAAAGAGAAGAGCCUGAUGAAGGAGGGCUCUGGUUUAUCAGGGAAAAGUAGUGGGAGUCAACAACUGGACUUCCUCCAACCUGGUCUGACCCACAUCCCCGAGCACAGUUUCAGAAUGAACUCUUGGGAUGAUGAUGAUGAUGAUGAUGAGACCAUAGAUGGCAUAAACGUAGCAGAGAUCCCCAUAAAACCUGUGGAGAGCAACAUGUCCCCAGCAGAGGAGGAACUUUUUGACUUUAUGAGUCCCAGUUUUGUGGAUUUCCUGCAACCUCUAGCAGACCCUAAAACACUGGUGCCUUCAAAUACACUGGUAACAGAGGACAUCUGUAGCAACCAGCUGCCAAUUAGAGGACUGCUGCAGCAGUCCUCUAAUAUGAGGAUGGACUCUGCCUCUGAGAGGGCUGAGGUCCUGUUAUUAGUAGCAAAUAUCACCAGUCUCCCACACUCCUCUCUGAAAGUGCCACUACAGACCCCCUGUGCAUGGAUGCAAAAACCCCAGCCUUCUGCUGAGGACCUGGUUGAAGAUGAUACAGAGGCAGAAAUGGAUACCGUCCUCUCUGAGCAUGAACAUGACAGGUCCUCUCUGCUGGUUUCUGGUCCUUCCAUGGACCAGAUCAGCCAGGACAGCCUAUUGGAGGACAGUGUUUCCACCACUCUGCCCACUGUGGAGAACUCAGCUGAGACGCCAGAUUCCCUGGACAACAGCCACAGGCUGAGGGGUCUGUUGAAGAGUAAACACCCGGCAGCCCCUCACAAGCUCCAGCCCCCGUACAAAACAGCCGACAGCGGCUACGAGACAGAGACUGAGUCUCCAGAGUGGAAUCUCAGCCCUCAUCAAAGACCACUUCUCAGAGGAAAACGGUCUGAGUUUGGCCGAGGAAGAGGAGAGAACCAGCAGCUGCUACCAGCUGGUCCCCCCGAAAUCAUCGUCUCGGAGGUGGAGAGUGUGAUGGAUGCUCAGGACGGUGAGGACCAGCAGGCAGAGCCCAUCGCCCCUGGCGAGGAAUAUUUCACGGGAGGCAACUACAGAGACUCUGCUUACUUCUCCGACAACGAGUCCGAGCCCGAGAAGAAGUCUGAAGAAGCCAACUCGCCAACUGUGGACAUCAGUGGCGGUGUUUCUGGAGGUCCAUCUGUUCUUCCUGAAGUCACAGAGGAGGAGCAUGUAGAGUCUUCUGCUUGGGACAAGUCUCCCAUUGCUCGAGAAGCUCUGGUUGAUAUUGGAGUGGAGAAGACCAAGCCUCAGCUCCUGGAAGGGACCAGUCUCCCUGUGCUGAUCCUCACCACAGAGGAGGACUGGGAGAAGACUUCACCUGUGUCCAUCGACGGCAGUGUGGARGAAACCAGGACACUGGAGUUCUUCCCUGACUUCAGGACUCACAGUCACUCUGAGUCCAGCGGAACUUCCACCGAGGACCUGGAAAAGCCUCCAUUGCCUGCUGUUGCUACCUCAGCAAAACCUUUUCCUGAGAACAUACCGGUCCACGCUAAGCUAACCAGGACCUACGCCAGCGAGAUCACCCCCAAGUUGAAGGAGCCCGACAUGGAGGGGAGGUACCUGGGCAGGCGCGACGGCUCUGAUGAGAAUGGGCAGGAGGACGGAGGGGAGGCGGACGAAGAGGACGAUAACAGCGAUGACUCGGAUGAUGACAUGCGGGCGUACCGGCUGCACAGCUCCAGCGAGGACAGCGAGGACGACACMGUGCACCCGGUUCCCGUUAUAGUCUCGGAUGACAGUAGAGCGCGGAACCUCAAGAGCCUGCUGAAGCCCACGUCGCUGAAUGUCACCCCCAGCGCCAAACCCUCCAUGCCAUCAGGGGGCAGCGAUUCAGACAGUGCCAGUAGAGCAGUGUCGUUUUUCGACGAUGUCACRGUUUUCCUUUUCGACCAAGAGACCCCCACCAAGGAGCUGGGAGACCAUUCGUCAGGUUCCAACAGCCAGGUGUCCGAGUUCAGCAGCCCUGUGCCCACGGCCAGCUACCUGAAUAGGUUCACCAACUCCACAGAGAGCUCCACAGAUGAAGAAGG